UGAGCGCGCGGCCGGAGGCGGGCGCCGAGCAUCCGAAGGUGACCCCGGGACGCCGCGUCGCUCGCUCUUUCCCCUUUCGGCUGCUGCUGCUGCCCCGGAGAGAGCUGCCCGCCGCCCCUUCCGCGCCGCCAUCCAUCGCCAUGUCUCUCUCCAACAAGCUCACCCUGGACAAGGUGGACGUGAAGGGCAAGCGGGUGGUCAUGAGGGUUGAUUUCAAUGUCCCGAUGAAGAACAACAAAAUAACCAACAACCAAAGAAUCAAGGCAGCAGUCCCAUCCAUCAAGCAUUGUUUGGACCAUGGAGCCAAGUCUGUGGUACUGAUGAGUCACCUUGGGCGACCUGAUGGAGUUCCUAUGCCUGACAAAUUCUCUUUGGAGCCAGUGGUAGCGGAACUCAAAGCAUUACUAGGCAGGGACAUCUUGUUCCUAAAAGACUGUGUAGGUCCAGAGGUGGAAAAGGCCUGUGCUGAUCCUCCAGCUGGUUCAGUCAUUCUCCUGGAGAACCUCAGGUUCCACGUAGAAGAGGAAGGGAAAGGGAAGGAUGCUUCAGGGAACAAGAUCAAGGCCGAUUCUGCCAAGGUGGAUGCUUUCAGGGCCUCACUUUCUAAACUAGGAGAUGUUUAUGUCAACGAUGCUUUUGGAACUGCACACAGAGCUCACAGUUCUAUGGUUGGUGUCAAUCUGCCACAGAAAGCUGCUGGUUUCCUGAUGAAGAAAGAACUGGAUUACUUCGCUAAAGCUCUUGAGAGUCCAGAACGUCCAUUCCUGGCAAUCCUUGGAGGAGCAAAGGUUCAGGAUAAGAUUCAGCUGAUCAAUAACAUGCUGGAUCAGGUCAAUGAGAUGAUCAUUGGAGGUGGAAUGGCUUUCACCUUCCUCAAAGUGCUCAAUAACAUGGAGAUUGGCAAUUCUCUGUUUGAUGAAGAAGGGUCAAAAAUAGUCAAGGACUUGAUGUCGAAGGCAGAGAAGAAUAAAGUGCGAAUCACUUUGCCCAUUGACUUUGUCACUGCAGAUAAAUUUGAUGAGAAUGCCAAAACAGGCGAAGCCACUGUGGCCUCUGGGAUUCCUGCUGGAUGGAUGGGUUUGGACUGUGGUCCUGAAAGCAUCAAGCAGUUUGUUGAAGCUGUGGGCAGAGCCAAGCAGAUUGUUUGGAAUGGCCCUGUUGGUGUGUUUGAGUGGGACAAGUUUGCCAAAGGAACCAAGGCCUUGAUGGAUAAAGUUGUUGAAGUUACAGGAAAAGGCUGUAUCACCAUCAUUGGUGGGGGAGACACCGCUACAUGCUGUGCCAAAUGGAACACUGAAGAUAAAGUUAGUCACGUGAGCACUGGUGGUGGUGCCAGCUUGGAACUUCUAGAAGGUAAAGUUCUUCCUGGAGUAGCUGCUCUGAGUAACGUUUAACAGCUAGAGCCUGAGACGAGUAAGAACCUCUUCCCUAGGACGUUCCUGCACAUCCAGCCCUUAAAGCAGCCACCACAGCGCUUCUGUAUCUGUGCAAGUGGCAGAUCCCAAAAUGUAAACUGGAAGCAAAAAGGAAUGAUGGAGAGGCAAAGGUGGCUCAAUUUUGUGGAGUCUGCAGUUUACAUAAUGUUGAUUUGUCCACCGUUACCCCACUUGGAGCAACUGUAGUGCAUUAAAUGGUUUUUGUGAAUUAGAGUGUAUAUAUUUUUGCCUUUUAAGAGCAGUUAGCUGACAGUUGCUGAAAACCGAUUCCUCCACUCAUCUUCAACAGUGUUCGUAGCUGCUGCUAUUUCUCACUUUGACAGAGUCCAAAUGCAAGAGGGAAAAUCUGAAGUUCUGUUUGUUUACUACAAUGCUAGCGUCUAAAUAAAUGUUUACGAUAAGAACAG